CAGAGCAGAUCCAGAGACCUGAGGAGUUCAGUCUGAAGCAGCUUAACAGACUGAGGAUGUUGUGUCACAUGUCUGUUCAUCUGUGUCUCCAGGUGAUUCUGAGUCAUGGUCGUCCUCGUCUCACAUUCCCUCUUCCUCCCAGGAUUCGACAGUCCAGUCCGGUGGUGGCGAUCGAGGACGAUGGCAGCGUUCGUUUCCAGGACGGUUCUCUGCACCGCGCUGACGUCCUGAUGUUCUGCACCGGGUACAACUUCAAGUAUCCAUUCCUGGACGCAGAUCAGCUGGGUCUGAAAAUCCAGGACCACAUGGUGUCUCCCCUGUAUCGCUUCCUGAUGCCCCCUGCCUUCCCCUCGCUCUUCUUCAUUGGCAUCUGCAAGAUCAUCUGCCCCUUCCCCAACUUCAACUGUCAGGUUCAGUUCGCUCUGGCUGUGUUGGACGGCUCGGUCACUUUACCGCCUCGGGCUGAGAUGGAGGACGAGACCCGACAGGAGCUGCAAGACAAGGUGGAGCGUGGAGUGGAGCAGCGCCACCUGCUGAUCUUGGAACAAGAUCAGUGGGAGUACUGCCAGAUGCUGGCUCACGCUGCUGGGUUCCCGCCUCUGCCUCCGGUCGUACGCAGCCUGUACGAGGAGGUGUGGCGUCAGCGGCAGAUUCACCCUGAAAACUACCGGAGCCUCAACUACAGGCUCGUCAGCGACACCCGGUGGGAGCUGGUGCAGUGACACAUGAAUGAAAGGUUAAACCACCGGUGCAGAAAAU